GACGACACAAGGCACCCGCACAACCCCAUCAUCGCCUCCAGCCCCGACGAAUCCAUUCCAAACCCGCAUCAUGGGUGUCAGCAAGACUACCAUUAAGGCCGGCAGCGGCGACCAGCCCGUCAAUGGCAACACUGUCACCAUUGAGUACACUGGCUGGCUCAAGGACCCUUCCAAGCCCGACUCCAAAGGAGAUCAGUUCGAUUCGUCCGUCGGCCGCGGCGACUUCAUCGUUAAGAUUGGUGUUGGCCAGGUCAUCAAGGGCUGGGAUGAGGGCGUCACGCAAAUGAAGGUGGGCGAAAAGGCCACGCUCGACAUCACCGCCGACUAUGGCUACGGCGCCCGAGGAUUCCCUGGAGCGAUCCCUCCCAACUCCGAUCUGAUCUUUGAUGUCGAGCUCAAGAACGUCAGGCGCUAGCUGCCACAGACGCGGCGGCGAUUGAUGCACUUUAGAUUGAAACAGAAUGUGGGCCAUGGGAACUGCCAAAACAUAGCUUCAAGCCGUGUGGCACAGCUUUUCUCUCUCCUCAGACGUUGUGACCGUGAUGCGUACUGGAUACAUGUAGGCGGUUUCCAUUGUCCUUGUCACAUGCCAUGGCUACUGUUCGGUGGUCUGCGGCUGUGAGGGCAAUUGGCAUGCCACCCAGGCCC